GUGUAGAUGUAAUCAUCAAUGAGUUAUAAAAUCGCAGUUGCACUUUUUUAGCACCUUCACUAAGUUCAAGUUACAAAGUCGACUUCCUAGGAUAUACCGACAUGCAUACAGCUAAUGAACGUUUACUGGUUGACUCCUAGACAACUUACGUUUAGCGAUCUCGUAUUCCGGGGUUCACCUUAUGAUUCCCAAUAGAACCGAAAAUUAGACUUGCUUCGAAACGAUCGGGUGGAGUUAAAGUCUAGAGCAAGUGACGGAUUCGUCAAAGAGCUGGGAAUAUCAUCUGCUACUAAAUCAGGUAACGAUAUGAACGAGUCUUCCGGGUUUGGUGAAUUGCAACAGCUGGUCCAAGAGGAAGAGAGCGAGGAGCCAUUGAGUCGAGGUGGCGAAGCGACGCCACCCUCUACACCAGCUCGCCCGAGUAAGCCAUCUAAAUCAGAGACACGGGAUACCGGUGCAUCGGUUGUUUGGGAGAACCCAGCUCGAACGUCACCGAUAGUAAGCAAAGGCAGCUCGGGUCAGGGAUCCACGACAUCGGGUAGAGCAGCCAACCAAUCGAGCCACGUCGGCAACCAGACUAGACUCGUGUAUCUGAACGAGAAAGACAAACAACGGCAGCCCGGUCGGUCGGAGCCUCCCAAAGUGAGCAAAUCGCAUCGAGCUGUCGAGCCAUGCAAACAUCAUUGCUUUCUGUCAGAGGUGCCCGACGUGCGACGCAUGGAGCAGGCCCUGCUCCAACUCCUGGAAGACUUUCACAGUGGAAACCUGCGGGCCUUUGGCAAGGAUUGCAGCAUGGAGCAGAUGACGGAGAUCAGAGAGCAGCAGGAGAGACUCGCCCGAUUGCACUUCGAGCUGGGCCAGCGGCAGGACGGCGUCUCCGGGGAGCAGGCCGGGUUGCGCCAAUCCAGCGCCAACAUGCGCCACCUUCUGCACCGGUUACAACAGCUCAGCGUCUGCAUAGAAAAGCUGCACGCCAAGUGACGCCCUGCUGCGAGCACGCCAUGCUUUUCAACCGAUUUCCUGAGACCUCGUCACGGAGUGCGCCACCAAUCAGUGGAGGAUGACACCGUCCGCUAGGUCUCACGACAAACGUUCGUCGAUUGACCGUGUCUUCCGAACCCGACUCCCGUUCGAUCCCCAGGGAACGCUUGCACGAGGGGAAUAGUCCACUCCGUCCGGAGGGUUAACUUUUAUCGCGUGGCGACGAUGGCCCUAGGGUUGGCUCCGGUCCGACUUUAACACUCGCUGACAGGUCUCUCGCGCAUGACUUUUCGUGUCGUUCUCCGGAAACUAAUCUACGGAGAUGUGGAAACAAUGUUUAAAGAUAUAUUUGACAUAUAAACAAUUUGAAAACAUU